CCCCGGCACGUUUUUGUUUAGUAGGAAGCGCUAGGGCAGCCAUCUAUUUGUCCUGACCAGAAAUAAUAAAAAAAAAUAAAACGCAAUACUAUUAAAAUAAAGCAGAAUUAAGCAUCUUUCGAGACGUCACACCGUCUAAAGUGUCCGAGGCGGCUGGAAACUCGAGGAGAGCAGAGAUGUCAGAGACUUAUGAUUUUCUGUUUAAGUUCCUGGUGAUCGGCAGUGCCGGCACAGGGAAGUCCUGCCUUCUUCAUCAGUUCAUUGAGAAUAAAUUCAAACAGGAUUCGAACCACACGAUUGGAGUGGAGUUUGGGUCCAAGGUGGUCAACGUGGGAGGGAAGACAGUGAAGCUGCAGAUCUGGGACACAGCUGGGCAGGAGCGUUUCAGGUCUGUGACUCGGAGUUACUAUCGCGGGGCUGCUGGAGCUCUUCUGGUCUAUGACAUCACAAGUCGCGAGACGUACAACGCUCUGACGAACUGGCUGACGGACGCGCGCACCCUGGCCAGCCCCAACAUCGUCAUCAUCCUGUGUGGAAACAAGAAGGACCUGGAUGCAGACCGCGAAGUCACCUUCCUGGAGGCAUCCCGCUUCGCUCAGGAGAACGAGCUGAUGUUCCUGGAGACAAGCGCCCUGACAGGAGAGAAUGUAGAGGAAGCCUUUCUGAAAUGUGCUCGGAACAUUCUGAACAAGAUCGAGUCAGGAGAGCUGGACCCCGAGCGGAUGGGUUCUGGGAUUCAGUAUGGAGACGCCUCCCUGCGGCAGCUCAGACAGCCCCGUGGAGUCACAGCACAGAACCAGCAGCAGUGUAACUGCUAGGGGCCGGCCGGGACAUGCACUCCACACAGGGACUGGGAAAAGUGCUGCCUCUCCACUGGUUUCAUAUCCCCCUAGACUCGAGGAGGGGUGAAUCUCGACCCUUUCUGAAAAACGAACCGGCGCCUGAGAUGGUGUGCCUUGGCCUGUGCCCUCCUUUCCACCUUUCCGGCCCUCCUGAUCUGUGGAAACAAUCUCCCGCAGUGCCCAGGUCACCCAGCAGGGGGCAAUGCGCUGGUCGCUGGUAUACAAGGCAGGCCAGCUCUUUGUGAACCACUCGGCUGCUGCUGUCCACCAAGCUCUGAGUCCUGUACUUCCUAAUAGGGCGGCACAUAUUUACAAAACUUUCACCCACGCUUUAGACUUUUAUCCAUAACGUCAGCCCCUCAAUCAGGUUAAACGUAUUAUAAGAAAAGUUUUGUCCAAUGCCUUCAUCGGUUUAAAUAAAAACCAACGGGGCCACAUAUCUUAACCCCCCUCCUAUUUUAAAGUAAUUACUUAUUUCAUUUUUUUUGCCACAGCUAAAUAUGACACUUCUGGCUUCUUUUGCCGGUAAGAGAUGACUUUUAAAAGUUUAAAAACACUUCCUGGUACCUAACUAUUUCCUGUGCUGUAGGUCACAUACCAUCUCGAAUAUUGUAGUGAAACAGAUUUAGAUUGGUACCAGAAAACUGGAGCACAUUUGUAUUCUGCGUUUUUAAAGCAUAACAAGGUAAAACUGUUAGAAAAUAAGUCGGCUAGACACAGUUUUGGCUACUAAAGCCUUUGUCUACUUGACUUAAUUUCUUCGAAUAUUACCAGUGGAUUUGAAUCAAGCGUUAUGAAGUUAUGGAUAAUAAGAAUUAACAAAAAAAAAAAAAAAAAUGCAAAAAACAAAAUAUAUUCACCUCAAGAGAGGCGAACCAGUGGCUAAUAAGAGGUAAAACAAUUCUCCCCCUUUUGAAGAUGCCUACUAAAAUGGUAUAUAGUUUAAUCUGUAUUUAUUUAAAAUGCAGUGCAUCAUAUUCAGUGUUCUUAUGGCUGCAGCCGUCGAGUGGUUAAGACAACAGGCUUUGUACUGGUUUGUUGGUUGGUGUUUUUUAGUGGGCAUGGCAUCUGUAAUGUAGCCAAGCAAAUUCAAUACACAACAAUCAAUGUUCAGUGCUCAUUUCAGCCAGUAAUGUCAGUACUUUUACCCCCCUUUUUAAUGUUUUUUUAUUUAACUUUAAUUGAGCGGUUUUCUGCUUGAGAAAACGGAAACCCAAAUUGUUCUAACUUUCUAACAAAAACUGUAGUUUGGUUCGGUGGGAUCACAAAUAUGUACUAUCAAUGUUUAAUUUUACAUGGCAGCAAAGGCCCCUGCUGGUGAAUGCUUCUCGUAAUUGCACUAAUAAUGUUUGUAGGAAUUGCAAUUGGUUUUCUUAAAGGGAAUAUAAUUGAACGUCAAAACGUUCUGCCUUGGUCUCUGAUUGGCUUUGUUGAGAUCGGUUAGUCGAUUGAUCUUGGUUAGCUGAUUGGAUGCCCAAAAGGUCACUGACAUUUAUAUAUAUAAAAAAGGGGGGGGGGGGGGCCUUGGAUUGCAACUUAACAUAAAACAUAAUUUACAACAUCUCGGAAACCAUGUUUCUAAGAAUGGGCAUAAUGCCCUUUGUGUGUGUAGGCACCAUAGUAGGUUACAAGUGAUGUGGUUGCUGCACGUUAGUGCAUCUAUCUCAGGCAAAGCUAGCAGUUCUUAAACCUGAACCUACACAUACCAGUCGACCAGCGGCUUGCCCCCUGUUAUCUUUUAUUUCUAAAAGAAAUAUAAACUAAGCACUAAUAUGUGACUCCCAACUCCCUUCCUUUUAUUUUCUCUCUGUCAUUCUCUCUGCCCCUAUUACGCCAACAGAUAUGCAGUCAAGUCUAGUACCUUUAAGUCCAAGUCCUGAUGGUUCAAGUAGACUUUUAAAAAAGUAUUUUAAAUAAAGCAUGAAUUACGGGGGCUGUUAAAAUAAAAAAUAAAUACAACCCAUAAACGUUGCAACAUACUCACUGGCCCCCAUUCAUUCAGCCAUGAUUCCUGGUACCUAAGCACUUCCUGUUGCCUAGGUCACAUGGUCUGCUUGCAUUUAGGCCAUAGCAGUAAAUCUGACCCACAUCAGAUUUACUGCUAGAAAAUGCAUUAUGUGCAUUAAACAAACUAAAAAUAUAUCUUGAGCUCAAUAAAGGUGCUUUACAGUGGUAAGACAUAAAUAAAUCAUUGGCUAAAGUUUAGUGAAUUGGGUCCAAAAUGUUUUCUAAUGCAUUACACUUCAACUUGAAUCAUCAGGACUCAUUGAGUUGAGUGCAUGCUUCUGUUCCAGUGUCUUUUUGCAGUGACUGCGUGAAGUUGUCAGUUUGUAAUAGACAGUCCGGUCAGUCGAUUCUUAUUUUUAUUGUUUAUUUUAAGUAACAAGAUUGAAGUAGUAAAUGUAAAUGCAACAAUCCUUACUGAAGAGUGACUACUGGGCCUGCUGUUACAGCUUUCUAUUCUACUACCAUGCAUGGGACAUGCAAGGGUGCCCAAUAAAGGGUGCCCAGCUGCAUGUCUGCUAUUAUAGACCCUUUUUAAUGAACGUCUUGUUGUGGGAAACUGCAGUGCAUGUGUGUACUGCUUGGCUUGCUGCAUUGGCAGAUGGCAGACAGUGAGAGUGGUGGUAUAAUGGAGGAUAAAUAUCAUUGGUUUAUGGCAGUGCACAAUGCUUUAAAAGGAAUAUCUGGUGGGGUAUGAGAGUGGCAUUAUAAUGAUAGAGGACUGUUUUUAAAAAAAAAAAAAAAAAAAAAAAAAUCUGUUGCCCAAAACGUCUUUUUUCACUGAUUCUUAAAAAAAAACCUUCCCCAUCUUAAUUGAACUUGCUUAAAAAAAAGAAACAAACUUGGUGAAAUGGGAGGCUAUCGGAAGAGGCUCACAAUUUUCACAGGACACCCCCUUUUAGCACCAGCAGGGUUCAGAGCAGAGCUGUAUACUGAGUGGAUAGCAGCCUUAUACCAAUGACUGUGUUGAAGCAGAGUGAGUGAGUGGGAGGGAAGAUUAGGGUAUUAUUAUAUUCUAUCAGAGACAAAGGGAGUCGUUGGAUUUAUUACAUUUAUACAAGGCUUGAAACGUGCACUGACCCUGCCCCCAGGCAUGGGUUACAGAACUCCCCUUGUGUAGGUACAGCGUUGAAAUGACCAGGAGUUUAAACAGUGUGCUGUGAACUGAUCGCACUUAUCAAAGCAUGAAUACGCCUCACCUGCGUCUGUAGGUUUACUAAUAGGAGUUGUACCUGCAGCUGUAAUGGAGACUAACUUUAUUUUAGGUAUCUGUUAUAAGUGCUUAUGUUAUAUCAGUGAUAGAUGUUAUUAAUGUGCCUAUUAAACUAAAGUGUUACCCCAAACUCCUGGCUCCUGGUCAUUUAAAUAAUAGACUUAAUUGGGGGUAGUUCUGAAACCCAGGACUGGGUGGAGGGGUAGUUUCAAGCCAUGUCUAUAGAAUGUAAAUACCUGUGAGUGACCUUGAGCAAAUGAAAGUCAAUAAAUACUGCAAACCCCCAUUUUGUGUGCCAACUAGAAUGGGUGCUGAUUGCACUGUACUGUAUACUCGCACGAUAACUGCUGUACAGUGAACCUCAGCGAGGAGAUAACAGUCUUCCGAGUGGGGAAAAUCAGAGGUUUUUAUACCAGAACGGGAAAUGGUUGUCUCUAAGUGCACUCUGUGCAGCCUCUAGUUAUAGCUAUUAUGAGAAGUGCUUUAGUCUGACAACCCAGUCACUCUCAGCAAUGGUGCUGUGCUGCCUGUGGGGGCCUUUGUGACAUUUGUUUAUUGAACGUGUACAGUGUUGUGUUUUUGCAGGAUAUAGAGGGGGUUUAUUAUUCUUAUUUGUUUAUUUUUGCAGCCGCCUUUAUCCAAGGCGACUUACAGAGACUAGGGUGUGUGAAUUAUGCAUCAGCUGCAGAGUCACUUACAACAACGUCUCACCCGAAAGACAGAGCACAAGGAGGUUAAGUGACUUGCUCAGGGUCACACAAUGAGUCAGUGGCUGAGCUGGGAUUUGAACCGGGGACCUCCUGGUUACAAGCCCCUGCAUCCUGUGGUUAAAGAAAAAGGCUUGUAACCAGGAGGUCCCCAGUUCAAAUCCCGGGGCUGAAUUGUGAUUUAAAAUAUAUAAACUAACCUAAAUAGUACUUUUUAAAGCUUUGUAGUUGAAAAUAACAAAAUACAGUAUUUCCCAGGAAAGUUGCAUAAGAUUCUCUUAACUCAAACUAUUUAGAAUGGAAUGGUAUCAAGGGGUAGCUGUCCUUCGCUAUAUUCUUUAAACCUCACUGUAUAAAAUAUUUCACAAUGCAGAAAAGCAGGCUCAGUUGUUGCCUAGUAACUGAGACAUCCUCUAAGAUACUGUAUAUCUGAAUCUGCUAUGAUGUAAAUAUGUUGGGUUUUGUUUGCAUGUAGAUUUUUAUGCUUUUUGUGUUGUGAUUUAUAUAGAUUUUUUGUGAAUGUUAUUUAUGUGUUUGGUGAUGCUGUAUCACAUGAACUAAUCACAAACUCCUUUCCCUGCACAAAAAAACAAUAAACAAGAAAAUCAUUUUGCCA